UCCAGCUGACAUCUGUUUAUAGCUCUUGCAAUUGCCUUCAAACUGCUUUUACGCUCUUUUUUAAACCUUUUUAACCUAUUAGUAUUAUUAUUCGUUGUAAAACAACCAUGUAUCGUUUGUUGUGUUUAUCACGGGGCUUGAAAUGCACACAAUGUACAUACCGUGCAGAAAAAUCCGAUCGCUUAGGUUCUUUGUUGACAAACAGAAAUAAGUACAGAGAUCAGCUGAUGAGAAGAUUCAUUUCAACACAGAGGAGAUCUCCCUUAUCUUCUAACAACAAGCGGUCCUUAUGGAUCCUGGGCAUCGGAACAGGUUUUGUUUUGGCUCUGGGGUUGAAGUAUGGGGAUUUUGUGUCUGAACGCUGUGAAUGUGUUGUGCAGAAAACGCAUAGAGCUCAGGCGGACUCAAAGUACACAGCUGCUAUAGAGGUCAGCAGAGACCUCGUACGCCGGAUAAAGGUACAGGAUGAAGUUGGAGCUCCCGGCAUAGUUAUUGGCGUUUCAGUGGAUGGAAGUCCGGUUUGGUGUGAAGGAGUUGGCUAUGCAGAUCUGGAGAACAGAGUACCUUGUAGUCCACAGACAGUUAUGAGAAUCGCCAGCAUCAGUAAACCUCUCACCGCGGCAGCUGUCGCUCGACUUUGGGAGGAGGGCAAGAUAGAUCUUGAAGCCCCUGUGCAAAAAUACGUCCCUGAAUUUCCCGAGAAACAAUUUGAGGGAGAGGAUGUCACAAUAACUUCUCGAAUGCUUUUGUCUCACUUGAGCGGCAUCCGUCACUAUGAAAAAGAUGCCAAGAAAGUGAGAGAGGACCGGGAGAAAGCUAAGCGCCUUCUUAAACCCCCAGAGAAAAAAGAAGAGAACAACUCGGACGAGAACAAAGAGAAGCCACAGGCGAAGGACAGCGGUGCUAAAAGCAAAGAGGUUAAAGGACGGCAGAGGAAAAAAGAGUUCGAACAGAAGGAGUACUACCUCAAAGACAACUUUGAGAAUGUCAUCCAGGCUUUGGAUUUAUUCAAAGACGAUCCUUUGAUUUUUAAACCUGGUUCUACAUUUCUAUACUCCACACAUGCCUUUACUCUGCUCAGCGCCGUGGUGGAGAGAGCAGCCGGUCAACGCUUCCUCGACUACAUGAUGAAGAUGUUUCGUGAGAUGGGGAUGCUUAACACCAUUCCAGACGAGAACGACCCGAUCAUUUACAACCGCUCAAGAUUUUACCACCUAAAUAAAAAGAGUCGCAUCGUCAAUUGCCCCUACGUGGAUAAUUCUUACAAAUGGGCUGGAGGUGGAUUUCUGUCCACCGUCGGUGACCUUCUGGUCUUUGGAAACGUUUUGCUCUACAGCUAUCAAAUGGCUGAACUGAAAAACACGGAUGGGCUGCUUCCUGGCUUCCUCAAACCCCGCACUGCCAAAGCCAUGUGGGCACCGGUGGAUAAAACCGAAGCGUCUUGGGACAAAGACGGAAUGUACGCCCAGGCCUGGGUGGUUGUGGAGAAGCGGCAAGAAUAUGGCCAGUGCCGCAGUCGUAGGCAUUACGUUUCGCACACAGGGGGCGCUGUGGGGGCCAGUAGCGUUUUGCUAGUGUUGCCCAGAGAAAGCAAACAGGGUGCUAAUGGGAAGCCUUGCCUUCCACAAGGGGUGGUGGUUACCAUCAUCACCAACAUGCAGUCAGUUGGCCUCAAUACCACAGCGCUGAAGAUCGCCCAGGAAUUUGACAGCGCAAGGGACAAAUAAACACUUAUGAUUGGUAGUUACAAUCAUUUGCACACAUCCUGCCAUUUAUUACCUUAUUAGCCAUGUCGAGAGAUUUCUGUGGCUCAGGUGAGGACAUUCUUCUCAUGUUUAAUACGCGGCGGUGUUACUGCCCCUCGGUUUUUAUUGCACUGUUGUGCCACUGUUGUGCCAAGUGAUCAUUUUAAUAGAUUUUGUACACAUAUUAAAUGUGGAAUAUAUAAUAAAUGUCCUUUGAAAACCUUAAUGAAAAAUGAAAUGUCCUGUGUUGAUCAACAUGGCAUAUACUACCAUACUAGUCUUACUAUUUCUGCAGUAUGCACAGUUUCUCUAACAAA